UUUUGCGCAUGCGUAGAGGUUGUCACUGAUUUUUCAAAUCGGACGGCGGGUACCAGUUUCAGCCUUCAGUGCAGCAAGAAGCCCGACGUUUCUUUUCAACGGUUGAUUGUCAUUUCAUGAAAUGACGAGUACUUUAAAAGGAAUCACCCUUAAAGGAAGCGCGGAGCUGGUGGCCGAGUUUUUCUCCUUCGGCAUCAACAGCAUCCUGUACCAGCGGGGCAUUUACCCCCCAGAGACGUUCACCAGGGUCACUCACUAUGACAUGAGCCUCCAGGUCUCCACGGAGCCCAGGCUGAACAACUACCUGACCAACGUGGUGUCUCAACUCAAAGAAUGGCUGUUUGAGUGCAGCGUGCAGAAGCUGGUGCUGGUCAUCACCUGCCUGGAGACCAACGAGGUGCUGGAGCGAUGGCAGUUUGACAUCGAGUGUGACAAGUCGGCCAAAGAGAGCAGUGCUCCCAGAGAGAAGUCCAUCAAGACCAUUCAGGAUGAGAUCCGCUCCGUCAUCAGACAGAUCACGGCCACCGUCACCUUCCUGCCUCUGCUGGAGACGCAGUGCUCCUUUGACCUCCUGGUGUAUACGGACAAAGACUUGGUGGUUCCUGACAAGUGGGAAGAGUCGGGGCCUCAGAUAAUCGACCAAUCAGAGGAGGUGCGCUUGCGCUCCUUCACCACCUCUAUCCACAAAGUGAGCAGCAUGGUGGCGUACAAAAGGACCGACUCGGCUUGCAGCACCUGAGCUGCAGACGUUUACUCUGAGCUCAUGAGGAACUCCUGCUUUCCUGGACUGGACUUUCUUCUUUGUUGGAGGAUGAGGCGAACCUGUGCUCAGUGAGAUCUGAUGGAACUUUUUGUUAGUUUGUCUGUCCGAUCUGUGUUUUCCUGAUCUUUCUCCCCCUCAGAAGAUGCUUUCGUUUUUUUACAUCAUUAAAUUCUUUUCUCAGUGUGA